GACUUCUCUUUCUUUUGAGCAAAACCACAAACACAAAAUCUUAAAAAGGAAGAAUCUGUAGUUUUAACUAAAGUCUGAAACGAACAAAAAUGUGCUACAAAAAGAUUCUCCCACCUGUCAUUCCACCGCCAAAGUUACCGGCGGCAGAAGUGACGGUGACGACGGAGGUGGUAGCCAUCGCGAGUGUCCGUGACGCUGGCGGUGAAAAGAAGGUGUGUGUAUGUUCACCGUCGAAGCAUCCAAGAUCGUUCAAGUGUAGGUAUCAUCAUCAUGAAUAUCAAUGGCUUCCUUCUUCUUCUUCCUCUCCGUCUUCUUCUUCUUCACUCCAAAAAUGACACAUCAAUAUGUAAUCAAUAACUAUAGUUUUAUAAUCAUGGGUAUCUGUUAAUUUAAUUAAAGUAUAAAUCGUGCAUGUUGUGAUUUUUAUUUAUCAUCAAUAAGCAUAGUUUAUAUUCA